UGGCAGAGUUGGGUGAUAAAUACAGCGAGGUCUGUUUUGAAGUUGAGAUCAUCCUUCUCCAUCUUCUAUACUUUUCACAAGUGGAGAGGUUCUUGUUAUGCAGUGUGAAGAAAUCUUGGAGCUGCAAAAUGAAGUGUCAAAACUCAAGCAAACGCUAGAGGAAAAUCUUUCCAAGUUGUCUAAUGUACGUUCAUCACAGGAACAAAAAUAUAGGACCAGAUCGUACCAUAGUAAGAACUUUUCAUCUACAAGCCUUAAAAGAAGACCCUGUAGUUGGUUAAGAGGAGAUGAAGAUGUUUCAGAUCGAAAACUAAACAACCGAAUGGAAGAUCUACUUUUUUCUGACACACAAAAAUCUGUAUAUGCAAAACAAGGUUUCUUAGAAAAAACAAGAACAGCUCAUCAUAGACAAAGUUACUCAGAAGGUCACAAAUCAAACAGGACUUGGUUAAAAGGUUCACAUAAAGGCUUAUACUCAUCAACAAAUGGACUGAAUUUGCAUAGACAGAGAAUGAAUAGUUGCUUUUUGUGCAGUAAGAAAACACCUCAUAAAAUCUUUUCUGAGGGAUCAUCAGGAUCAACUAGACGUGGGCUCAUUUCCAGCCUUGGAAUUUCAGCUACUGCAACAAAUAAAUGGUCUGAAAUGUAUGACACCAUUGAGUAUCCACCAAUAUCGAAUGGCUCCAGGAUUUACUAUUCACCUACAUGUGAAGUAGACAAAAUAGAAUCACCAGUUUUACCCAAUCAAUUUUAUAGUACCAGGUCAUUAUUGCGAGGUAACAUUGGUAAAAGCAACAAUAAUGCACAGAUUUUACAUUUAAACACAACAUUGGACAGAGCAAUCGAGGCUGCGAACAGCAUGAAGAAAACCACCAGGAGGAUGAUUAAGAUCUUGUCUGCUGACUUGGCCAAAGCUGAGUACUAUAAGUAUUUGUAUGAUUUCUAAUAUUUUUCUGAUACUGUAAAUUAAUCCAAUUUAAUGGGUGGUGUAAUAUUAAAUAUAAUGUGUAAAGUGGAAUAUGAAUUCAGUACUUUUUUCUCAAACAGUGCAUUGAUUUGUAAUAUUAAGAGCUAGAGUUAGAUAGUUAUUGCAGAUUUUGGGCCCUAGCUCUAAACUCCUUAUGUCUAGGACUUCAUUGAUCACUAGUAAUUGGAAGUGAUCAUCAGAUGAGAUGUGAGGCACCACCUGCUUCACCAAGAUGUUCAGUGACAAAGUUGUAUUUGUGUCAUUUACUCACUGACUUUUGAUGUUCAGGUGACUCUUUAUAAUUUUUCAAGAUUGGUUCAAGCAGAUAUUCAAGCAGACUACCAAUUUGUGCCCUGGUUUGUGACAUAACGUAUAUGUGCAAAGUACCCAUUCAUACAGAAAAAAAUUGAUUUUAUUAGAAAUACACAAAUUUUGUCUCACCUAUCAUUAAAAAACACCAGCAUUAUAGCCAGUAAAGAUGAAGACAACUCCAGCUAUCACCGCUACCUUCCUUAGUUUGUAAAAAGCUCACCAAUGAUCUCUUCAACUCAUGCUUCAUCUCUCAACUGCUUUCCUCUCAAGGAUUAUCAAAUAUACAAUUACCACAUGACUCUCUGCCUCCCACUUUUAGCACAUUUGUCCAAAUAAUUUGGUGGUGUUCAGAUUUCUACCCAUUCCAUAGCUCAAAAGAGCAGUCGUGAUUAAUGAUCCUGAGUAAUUGUAAUUAGAGAGUAUAUCUCUUCUUGCCAUCCUCAACCUCUCUGCUUCACUCAGUCGAUAUGUAUCUUUUUCCAUCCUCGUUUUUCAGUGUAUUACUAUUGUAGCCACUUUAGUCCUUGCAUCUCCUUCAAUGGCUCCUCACAUAGACACUUUGGGAGUGCAAUUAAGAUCAGUCUUCAGUGUUUUCUUAUUCCUAAUCUGUAUCACUAUCAUCUACAAUUCCAUGAUCACGAGGUUUGAAGAACUACAGUGUGAGGAACUUGUUUAAUAUUUAAAAUAGCAAGAAGCCUUUUCAGACUCUUAGUUCCAAAAUACUAUUACGUGUAAUAAAUUUUAUAUAAAGAAAUCAAACAAGAUUAUUUUAAUAUAGUAUCUGAGAUGUAAAAAAUUAAAAGAA